AUGGUCGGCCAUCAUGAAGACGAAGACCAGCCCCUCAUGACCGAAUCCGAGCGACGCGAAGCCAACGUCGGCCUCGACGACGUCGUCAACUCGGACCGUCAUCAAGACGGCAGCCAUCGCCAGCACGGCAGCAAUGCCACCACCACAACGGAUGCCGGACAUCCGGACGCACCUCUUGAUAGCAGUGAUGGCACUCUCCACGUCGCGGAUGAGAGCGACCCCCCUACGCCGCGAUUUGUACAGGAUGAGAAUGCAUGGAAGAGAUGGAAAUGGGUUCCCUACCCUGUGCGCCGAAUGAUUCGCGCCGUUGGCAAAUGGUCAAAGGGCCCUGCCAACCCGCAGCCAUAUCGCAUCAAGCCAUUCUUCCCCAUGAUUCAAGAAUACCCGUUAUUCCUCGUGGACAAGUUUCUCCCCACGGUAAAGCGACGCUUCUGGGUGCUCUUUUUCUAUUUUUCUAUUUGGCUUAUCACAUUCGUGCUUGUCAAGAGACAGGGAACCAUUGCCACCGAAGUUGCCGGAUGGGGCCAACCCCAGACCAUUGGAUGCGGCGCGUCAUACUGGGGUUCGGGCAAUUCAUGCGGCGUCGAUGGGAACGACUGCCGCCCGUUCGGAGGCAGUGGCUUCGCGUUCCGGUGCUCAGCGAAUUGCGCCAGCUAUCAAGCACUCAACCCGAGGGCUGUUGGCGACCAGGAAGUUCUCUAUCAGCCCUUGAUUGUGGGCGGCCCGUCCAACGAUGUUGCGCCUGAGAAUGCCACCUAUCGAGGGGAUUCGUACAUUUGCGGCGCCGCUAUUCAUGCCGGUGUCAUUUCCAACGCCAAUGGGGGCUGCGGUGUCGUCCAGCUUGUUGGCAGGAGCCAGAAUUAUUUGAGUACACAGAGAAAUGGCCUUACCAGCAUACAUUUUGACUCGUAUUUUCCGCUGUCGUUUUCGUUUUCGCCAGAUGUCCAUUGCGAAUCUCAGGACACGAGAUGGUCGCUGUUGGCCAUCUCUGUCGUUUUCACGGCAGUCCUGUCGGUCUUUACGUCGUCUCCGGCCAUGUUCUUCUUUCCAACCUUUAUCGGCGUCUUCUGGACCGUGGGCAUGGCCACCGAUCCGCCAACCAACAGGUCCGUCACAGCACUAUUCUCCAACAUUAUGGGCAAGUUCCUGCCAGCCAUGUUUGUCGCUUGGGUCAUGUACGACAAGAUGGGCGUUCGUCGCACGCUCAGAGGCCUGACUGCGCAAAUUGAAAAGACUGUUUUGUGGCUGGGCGCAUGCUGGGUCGGCGCCCUGGACAAUUACACCCUCAGCUUCAUCCCCAUUCAGCGUCUCAACGCCCACGACCUGAAUCAGCAGCCUGGCGCCAAAGCAGCGCUGUCCAUAAUCAUUAUUGUUCUCGUCGUCAUCGUCGCAACCCAAGUGUGGUUCUUUCGUCAAGAAGCCCGCUUCAUCAAAUACAUUAAGCUCUACGCCAUCAUUCUCCUCGGCAUCAUCAUCUCUCUCGUUCUCCCCGGUCUCAACUUGCGCAUUCACCACUACAUUCUCGCGCUUCUUUUACUCCCGGGAACGAGCCUGCAAAUGCGGCCGUCUCUCCUCUACCAAGGGCUCCUCAUUGGCCUAUUCAUCAACGGCAUUGCCCGCUGGGGAUUCGACUCUGUUCUACAGACCUCGGCCGCGCUUCAAGGUGAUGCCCAAAAGGGAACACCUCUGCCUGCAAUUCAUGCUCCCAUCAUAGAUCUUUCAAAUACAACAGCCGUGCAGUCAAAUAUUACAUUCGCUUGGGAUAAGUCGGAGUACAUGCAGUUUGACGGCAUUAGCAUUCUCGUCAACGAUGUUGAGCGAUUGAGAUCGUAUUUUAACGAUGUCGACGCCAAGGAGGAAUUUGUUUGGUCAAGAAAUAAGACGCUAGGUUUGCCAGAGUACUUUAGAUUUGGAUUUAUGGAUGGCAGUGAUAGCGGGGAUUAUACCAAGGCCGGUAUCUGGACUGUGGACGGGGAGUGGGUGGAGAUGAAGCCGGGCGCGUCAAAGCUCAAGGCCAGGAGUUUAGGGGAAGACGUCGUGAGGGCGUGA